UUCAACUUUCUGCUGCAGAUAUUCAAUUUUGCUGUUCUUUCAGUAAAAAAGUAUCAAAAUGAAAUAUUGGAAAUUACUAUUCAUUGGAUUUCUAAUUGUUAAUUGUCAUGAUAAUAUUCCAACGAGUUUAACUGCACAAUUUGUCAGUGGAAAUGCAACAGGAGCCAUUGUUACUAGAAGUGCUCCAGAAGAUUCUUCCCUCGAUCGAAUCUCUGAGAUGCUCGCUGCUCAUGCUCGUCUAACUAUUGGAAUCACUAUUUUGGCGGAUCUUCUCGAACCAUCUAUGAUCAGUGUACUUGCUGGAUUUUUCAAUAUUGAGGAGUCAAGUAUCAAUGGAUUAUUGAAAAUUGAUCAAUCAAAGAUCAAAAGACUCAUUGGAGACCUAUCUAAAAUGAAAACUUCUGAAAUGGAUUUUUCCAAUUUGACAAAUGGAAUUGAACACUUAGAAGAGAUGUACAAGGAGUUCAAUAGUUUGCCACCUAUAUCGACAGACAAUGAAGACGUGAGAGCGCCGUCCUAUAAGAAAAUUAUAGAAUUGAACGAAUUCCCUGAAACGAAACAAGAUGAAUUGGAACAACUUGGAAAAUAUUCGGGCGCAGUGACAACAUUGAAAAACAAUGUCGAUUUGUAUCCCACAUAUAUGAAUUGUACUAUUUCGCCAAAUGUUGAUAAGAAUGCAGCCGCAACAGCCUUCCAAAAUUUUUCAACCCUCAUGAAUAUAAUUCUUGAACCUUGGGAGAACUUCAAAAAUCUCGAGCAGGAGGAUUUUACGACGGUAUUUAAAUCUGUCAACAAGAAACUGGAAGUUUAUAAAAAGGUCGAUCUAACACGUGUGUCCGCGACUCAAGUCGGUACAGGAGUGGCGAUAUCACCAUUCUUCUCGAAUGUUCUUUCGUACUUGGAGUCAUCACAUGCAAUCAAGUUCAUCGAAAAACUAACAAAUGCUGACAAGAAUACUCUGAACGAUUUAAGAAAGUGGACUGGAGCAUUUCCGGAUGAACUUCUGAAAAUCGAAGAUCUGAAGAGGGAUAUCAAUGAAACCUUUUUGAAAGAGACACUGACUGAAGACAAUUCUCCAUUGGAUGCUCUUUUGAAAACUCUGCAACCACUAUUUGACUCCGAUUCUGUCAUAAAAACAUUCUGGACUGCUCUGGAAACUUAUGAUUAUUCAAAAAUAGCGGACACAAUCAAAAACCUGGAUUCUCUAUUGAAGUUGCUGAUUGAAUCAGGAAGUUCUUCACAAGAUUUUACCAAUUCAUUGUCAACGGUUCGAAGAAUUGUGGAAUAUGCAAAGUUGAUCAACACCAGCAAUCCACAAGUGACAAAUUUUGAGAAUGGAUACAUUGAUAUUCUGAACGCCUUAGGCAAUUUGAGUUCUCUGAAAUCCGCUGUGAAAGAAUACAGAGGAAGCGACGAGUUCACAAAUGCUGCAUCUUCAUCCGUUUCAGGCUACCAUUCACGCGUGAGAAGUAUGGAUAAAUCUAAUUGUUAUUUUGUGAUUAAAAAUGACAAUUUCGACAAUGCUGACAAACAUUUCCCAAAAGUUGUCGAGAAGCUCAAAAAAUUCAACCAAGAAGCCAUGGAACUCAAGGCUCUCAUUUCAAAGAUCCCAAUGUGGCAGGAGACAACGGAAAACUUAGAGAUGUACAUAGAUGAAACAUUCGGUCCAUUCAAAGAUAAAAUUAACACCAGUCAACAGGAUCUAUCAAAAGUGAAAGGUGGAAUCGGGUUCGUCAAUCUACAUAAAACGAUGUUUGCUACUGGAGAAACCACUGUCGACCUGAAUGAACUUCAAAAGAUCAAGACAACUGGUGUGAACAAUGUUCAGAAGAGGUUGGACGGACUCAGUGAUUUGAAGACUCAAUCUUUAUACAAAGAAGUUAUCAGAUUCCGAAAGAAUUUUCGUCUCCGAGAGAAACUUAUCAGUGGAUCCAUCUUAUUCCGUGACAUGUCCCGACUUAUCAAGGAAUCAGAAGUAUUCGAUAAACUAGCAGAAACUGGAAAUGCUCUUUGUCUGAAAGUGGUGAACACGAGUUCCGAAGAUGUCCCACGGAAUGAAUUUUUGAAGAAAUUGGAUGUUCUGAAUACAACAACUCAUCGAAUCAAGGAUCUUCUUGCUCAUGCUUUGAAACUCAAAAAAAGAUAUACAGACGUGUCAAAUACGGAUUUAUUGCAUGCAAGAUUCCUUGUCGAUAACCUUGUGAACCUUCCAAAUCCAGAAUAUAAAGUUGAAGAUUGGACAAAAUUUGUUGAUAUCUUGAAUGGAACAAAUAUGGCAACUGCAUCCACUGAAAUCUCUGAAUUCUCCGAAGCAAUCGAAUCCACUUUUGAUCUGGACUUUACUGCUCAUCAGACUGAAAUUAUUGGUACUUAUUGGAAUCUUCGUGCAUUGUUGAGACUUCAUAGAUCACUUGUGGCUAUUGAUCAUGUUUCACAAAAAUCCUUCUGGGAACGUUACAAUCAUUGGAUUCAGUUGUCGAUGCUCGUUGGUAUUCUCAGUUUAAUUAAUAUCGUUGUCCUGGCUCUAAUCAAAAUCAAACUCAGAAGAGAUGCACAAGCUGAAAAAGAAGAAGAUGAAGAUUAUUAUUGAUUACUUGUUUCUAGCGUUCCGAUAAUAAAUAGAUUUUUGAAAA